AUAGCUAAACCCUCUGUUUUGGCCUCAGCCUCCAAAUUAAAGAGCAAGCAUCGAUCUCAAACAAUAUUAAUAACCCAGUCCCCAAGUUAUUAAUGGCUCAAUUUCUUCUUCUUAGCCUUGUUUUAGCUGAUGCUGUUGUGGGUCUAGCAAUGACCAGUGAAAAGGUUCAAACCAUGGUUCAGUCUAGCUCUGCAUCAUCCUCGUACCCACAAGCUCCAACUCAGAAUUCAUACGAGGCUCAAGCUCCAAUGAUUAGGAAACUUGGUAAACACCAUCACCAUAAAAUGGUCCAGUCCUUCGUUGCACCGAGACUUAGCCCAUCUAUAGCUCCUCCUCAAGCUCAAGAGAACGUUCAUUCUACAAAAGGAACCAGUUCCUUGGACCAAACUCGGUCUUCUUCUGAGCACAGUAACACGGAUCAUGAAGAGAGCGUUAGCAUACAAGUGCAGGACAUUCACCUUCCAGGCCAUCAUCAUUCAGUGGAUAGAUCAGUAGCUGGGGGCGGUGUCAUUCUUGGAGGUCUUGCCACCACAUUUUUGGUGGCUGUUUUCUGUUACAUUAGAGCUUCUGGAAGACACAAAGCAGAUACUACUUCCUGAGUUAUCUAUAGCUAGUCUUGUAGGAAUAUGAUAGGGAAAAAACAUCUUGAUCUUCAACGUUGUAAAGAGAAUAAAUGUCAAUAUAUACAAGAAUAUGGUUAAUUUCCAAGUUAUAUUUGUGAAAAUGAGUAUAUUUUUGUUUUAGAUUUGCAUAAACAUUCCUGUUCUUUAA